GGGGUUAUUACACAAACAUUCUUAUUUCUUGAGGGCCAUGGCCGGACUAACAAGUUUGCUGUUCAUCCUCGCUGUCUGUGGUACUGAGGCUCUAAGUUGGGAUAUAGGUGACCCUUGUCACUUUAACAAUCAUAGUUGGAUCUUCGACCCGUAUGGGUAUCGUGCACCAGGGCGAUACUACAAUGUUACCCUGUGUGAUGCCACUUUACGAUAUCAAUGGUACCGUGUGAAGAGUUCAGCGGGUGACCUGAUGGCGAGGCAGUGCGUGAAGCGAGGCGAGUGCGGAACUACCAACCCAGUCUGGCUUGCCGGAAGCCUUCCUCUACCGCAUGAAGGUAUCGUGUCACGUAAUGUCUGUUUGACCUUCGCCGGUCUCUGUUGUUACCAAAGAAAGCAAAUCCAAAUACGGAAUUGCGGACAGUACAUGCUGUAUAAGUUGUCUCCCACCGGGUUCUGUGCCAGCGCUUAUUGCUUCCGGGGCUCAUUACCGACACCCGAAGCGCGUGGAAAUGCCACCGAGCCUCACUCGGAUCUACAAAACACCACCCAGCCCUGGAUGUGGAGAAACGCCACGGCGCCUCACUGGGGUCGACAAAACACCACCCAGCCCUGGGUGUGGAGAAAUACCACGAGGUUUUCAUGGGAUCGACAAAACACCACAAUGCCCUGGACGUGGAGAAACGCCACAGCGCCUCACUGGGUUCGACAAAACACCACCCAGCCAUGGGGUCGACGAAACAUCAGCCAGCCCUGGAUGUGGAGAAACACCACAAAGCCUCAUUGGGGUGGACCAAACAGCGAACCUCGGACGUUCCCAUUGGGUGGACGAAGCAGCGAGCCUCCAAUGUGGCGAACCACCAAAACGUUCCCAUGGGGUGGACGAAGCAGCGAGCCUCCAAUGUGGAGAACCACCAAAACGUUCCCAUGGGGUCGACGAAACAUCACUGUACCUCGCGGAAGUCCGCCGGCUAGCACCGCUAAGCCUUUCACUGACCAGCCCAUCAUAUCUGAUGUUAACCCAGACCUCGUGAAGCUGACUGAUGAACUGAAGAGCAUACAGGCGUGGGUUGCUGUGGGGACGAUAUGUUUUGUCUUACUGGUGGCAUCGCUCGUCGGAGUGAUCCUGUGGCAACGUCGCGGCAGGCCUAUGAGCGACAUUCCUGGGAAAUAUUCAACUUUUAAACAGUGAUUAAUUCCUUGAGGCCUCUUGUUGAUUGUUUCCGAAAUAUCAGCAUCACUUGACCAUGGGUUGACGAGGAAGCAUACGAGGUUAAGCAAACAGCUGACCAAACAACGCCGCAUCAUCAACGCUGUUCAUCACUAACGUAACAGUUUUCACUACUCAACUUGGUGUAGUGCGACAGUUAAAUUGUCAUGUAUAUAACACUUAGUUUCUGUUUUCGCGCACUUUUGUUUUCCUUUGCGAUGUAUUGUGAUGUAGCGGGCAUUGCAUCUGAAUCUUAUCGCUUCUAUCACCUUUUUGGAGGAGUGGAGGUUGGGGGAGGGGUCUAUAAAAGUUUAAUAUUUAAGUUUAAAUUAUUUUUAAUUAUUCUUUGAUCUCUAUGUUUUGUUAAGAAUACGGAUAAGACUUUCUAUCGUCAUUUUUAUAUCGAUGUUUACUUUCUUAUUAUACAGUAGUAUUGUAAACUUACGCCAAUAAA